ACAGUACCAAAGAAAGGGUUAUUGAAGCAGGAGCAUAUCAAGGGUUGCAGCUAGCCGACUGGCUCAACAAGGAAGUGAUUUAAUAGUUCCUGCAGGUGGCCAAAGAACUCAGACAAAAAGUGGACCAGUAGUUCUAGCAGAUGAAAUUAAAAGUCCUGCAAUGGAAAAGUUAGAACUUGUUAGAAAAUGGAGUCUAAACACAUAUAAGUGUACUCGACAAAUUAUCUCUGAGAAACUAGGCCGUGGCUCAAGAACUGUGGACCUUGAACUUGAAGCUCAGAUUGAUAUAUUAAGAGAUAAUAAGAAAAAAUAUGAAAAUAUUCUAAGACUGGCUCAGACGUUGUCGACCCAGCUUUUCCAGAUGGUGCAUACACAAAGACAACUUGGAGAUGCAUUUGCUGACUUGAGUUUGAAGUCCCUAGAGCUCCAUGAAGAAUUUGGCUACAAUGCAGAUACUCAGAAGCUGCUGGCUAAAAAUGGAGAAACCCUUCUUGGGGCCAUUAAUUUUUUCAUUGCCAGCGUGAACACUUUGGUGAACAAAACAAUUGAAGAUACAUUAAUGACGGUGAAACAGUACGAGAGUGCCAGGAUUGAAUAUGAUGCAUAUAGAACUGACUUGGAAGAACUGAAUCUUGGACCACGUGAUGCAAACACUUUGCCAAAAAUUGAGCAGUCACAGCAUCUGUUCCAAGCACAUAAAGAAAAAUAUGAUAAAAUGCGCAGUGAUGUGUCUAUCAAAUUGAAAUUUUUAGAAGAAAAUAAGGUUAAAGUGUUGCACAAUCAGCUGGUCCUUUUCCACAAUGCCAUCGCUGCCUACUUUGCUGGGAAUCAGAAGCAGCUUGAACAGACACUUAAACAGUUCCAUAUCAAAUUGAAAACCCCUGGAGUGGAUGCCCCAUCUUGGCUUGAAGAACAGUAAAAUGUCACCUGGCAGAAAAAGCACGUCUUAACUGUUGUAUUCGUAAACAAGCCUAGUAAGAGUUAGUGGUGAAGGGACAGCCAGGGUGGUGAUUCUUGCACGUAACUUAGUAUGUUCCCUUUUUCAUACCUUAACAAUUGCACCCUUCAUUCGAUGAGCAGGUGAGUGGUGUUCAUGUAAAUGUAAUUUCUAUAAUCUGAACACAGUAAUCUUCCUUUUUGAGAAAUCCUUUUGUAUUGUGAGGGUUGAUGGCUAUUUCUGUAGUUUAAAAACAUCUAAUAUAGAUUUGCACUGAUGAGAUAAAAUUUCAAGGUUUUUGGUCCUGGAGAUGAGGACCAAUUGUAACUUUUCCAAAGGGAGGUUUACAUGAUUUGUAUCAACAUCAGAUAUUUUAUAUAUGAAUAUAUAUUAAACAUCUUUAAGAGAUUCGUUUUCGUGUAUUGUCUUAAAAGGAAACUAUUUUGCAGAGUAAAUUAUAUGGUGUUCAUGCAGCAUACACCCAGGUAGCAGCUGUGAUGAAUGAAUAAUUGGCUCGUGGAGUUGUGAACAAUAAAUCUACCAUUGUAAUUUUGUUUAGACAUUUUUUGAAAAAUGCAGGAAUCACACUGUCCAUUUUGUGAGGUGUGUAAGCUUAUGAAUUUGUAUCAUCCAAAGUCACUAGUGGUUAUAUUAGCAGUUUAUUUUGAUUUAUAAUGAAACCUGCUAUGAGAUACUUUUUUUUUUUAACCUGAAGACUUGGGAAUGGAAAUUCUUGAUAGUUUCUAAGGUAGAAAUCUGUACUUAGAAAGCUUGUUUCUGGGUAAAUUUCAUUUUGAUAGAAGUGAAUUCCUAGACAGCUUUCAUUGACUUCCUUAUAUAGCUAUACCAAUUAAGCCUUAAAUCACAGAUAUGUGCCUUCUCAGAUACAGUAAUUCUUGUUCAACCAAUGUACAUAAUCCAUAAAGAAACCUCUUUAGAUAAUGUUGAUGUGUCUGAUCCUUAGAAAGGAGCACCAUAUGUAAAUGUUGGAUUUCUUUGUUCUUAUUAAACCAUACUUGAGGUUUAUGGUAAAAAUCAGCCUUCGAGUUUACUGUUUUGGUUUCUCUUGAUUCCUUUGGAGGAAUGAGAACAUGGAAGGACAUUUUUCUUUUGGGUAAUGAAAAGGUCUUGUGGAACUGUGGUGGUAUGGGGUGGAAAAGGUGACAGAAAGACAGUGCUAUUCUGGUGUGUGGCACUGCAGGUUUUGUGUUCAGUGUUUGACCUGUCUGCUGUUCUUCAGCAAUCUAAUCCUCUUUAAAUGUAAAGUUCCUUUAAUUUUUUUGUCAUAAAUAUAAAUUAGUAUUUUAAAAGAUAUCUCUUCUCCUGUUCAUUUCUAUUGUAUUGAAAUGAAGUACUUAAAAUUACUGUUAUACGUGAACUUUGUGGAUUGUAAGAUUUGUUAUAUAUGUCCAAAUGCCUUUUAGCUGGCUUUUUAAUUAAUAUGCCUGUUUUGAGUGCUUACUACAGUGUAAUGUGAUUGUAAAUCAUAAACGUAUUUGAAAUCAUUCCCCCGUGUAUAUUUGUACUCUGAGAGCCUUAUUGGAUUCUUCCAACAGAAUAACUACUCGUGAUUAUUCUCUUACAUUCCCCAGAAUGUGCCUCUGGUGUGAACUUUGUAUUCUUAUUAAAAGUGUUUGCUACGGUA